GCGUGGCGCCGGCAGGGGCACCUGCAGCGGCGGUGGGCGCGGGAGGCGGCGCCGCGCGGCUGGGGUGUCCGCAGCGCUGAGAGGGCAGGCUCGGCCCCGCCGCCGCACAGGCCUCUGCCGCUCGGCACCCCCCGCGGCGCCUCGCAGCGCCGGUUCUGCACCCAGGGAGGCGCCCGGUGUUUAGCGGACCUCCAUGUACGACAAUUUGUACCUGCAUGGAUUUGAAGACUCGGAGGCGGGCUCAGCAGAUUCGUACACAAGCAGACCCUCAGACUCUGAUGUCUCUUUGGAAGAAGACAGGGAAGCAGUCCGCCAAGAAAGAGAACAGCAAGCAGCUAUACAACUUGAAAGGGCAAAGUCCAAACCAGUAGCAUUUGCUGUUAAGACUAACGUGAGUUACUGUGGAGCUCUGGAUGAAGAUGUUCCUGUCCCAAGCACUGCCAUCUCUUUUGAUGCCAAGGACUUCCUACACAUUAAAGAGAAAUAUAAUAAUGACUGGUGGAUAGGAAGGCUGGUUAAAGAGGGCUGCGAGAUUGGCUUUAUUCCAAGCCCGCUUAGACUGGAGAAUAUCCGCAUUCAGCAGGAGCAGAAGAGAGGACGUUUCCAUGGAGGGAAAUCGAGUGGAAAUUCUUCUUCAAGUCUUGGAGAAAUGGUUUCUGGCACGUUUCGAGCCACACCUACUUCCACGGCAAAACAGAAACAGAAAGUGACAGAACACAUUCCCCCGUAUGAUGUAGUACCAUCAAUGAGGCCUGUUGUUUUGGUGGGUCCAUCACUGAAAGGCUAUGAGGUGACAGACAUGAUGCAGAAAGCUCUGUUUGACUUCCUGAAGCACAGGUUUGAUGGGAGGAUAUCAAUAACUAGAGUGACAGCUGACAUUUCUCUUGCUAAGAGGUCUGUUCUAAAUAAUCCAAGCAAGAGGGCAAUAAUUGAGCGGUCAAAUACAAGAUCCAGUUUAGCUGAAGUACAGAGUGAAAUUGAAAGAAUCUUUGAGCUGGCAAGGUCCUUACAACUGGUUGUCCUAGAUGCAGACACUAUCAAUCACCCUGCACAACUUAUCAAGACAUCUUUAGCACCAAUUAUUGUCCAUGUUAAGGUGUCUUCUCCAAAGGUUUUGCAGCGGCUGAUUAAAUCUAGAGGAAAGUCACAAAGUAAACACUUGAAUGUUCAGUUGGUGGCAGCCGAUAAACUUGCACAAUGCCCACCAGAAAUGUUUGAUGUAAUUUUGGAUGAAAAUCAGCUUGAAGAUGCUUGCGAACACUUGGCAGAAUAUCUUGAGGCGUAUUGGCGUGCUACUCACACCACCAGUAGCACACCCAUGACUCCUCUCCUUGGGCGAAAUUUAGGAUCCACUGCACUUUCACCAUAUCCUGCUGCAAUCUCUGGAUUACAGAGCCAGCGUAUGAGGCACAGCAGCCAUUCCGCAGAGAACUCUCCAAUUGAGCGACGAAGUCUAAUGACCUCAGAUGAAAAUUAUCACAAUGAAAGGGCUCGGAAGAGCAGGAACCGCUUGUCUUCCAGUUCCCAACACAGCCGAGAUCACUAUCCUCUAGUGGAAGAAGAAUACUCUGACUCAUACCAGGGCACGUACAAACCCCACAGGAACCGAGGAUCCCCUGGAGGAUACAGCCAUGAUUCACGACAUAGGCUUUGAGUUCAAGAACCCGGGGAAAAAUAGUAUCCAUCAGUUAAUAAUUGCCAUAACAUACCUAGGAAAAGAAAUUAAAAAUCAGUCAUGUUAAUUUGGCAGAUGUAACACGGUCAUACUGAAGUUGCACUCUGCUGUCACUUGAUGUUAAGUAGGGGGCAAAAAAAAAAAGUGACCAGGCCCUUACGUUUAUGCCAGAUCAUAUAGGUUGUUUUUUGGGUUAUUUUAUUUUUAGUACAGCAUUUGCAUUUAUAGCCAUAUUUUCUUGUCAUUAGAUAUUGAACACAUCCAUUUGUAAUUUAGGGUACUUAUCAAGGCACUUAUAAAAUAAUUUCCUGUGCUGGAAAUUCCAAAUGACCAGUUCCAGUUGGAACCAAUUUAUAAACCAAUUCCUGUUGGAAUUCGGGUGAAUUGACUGGAAAGUCGACUUGAGCAUGUUGCAAUCAGGUUAAAAAAAAAAAAGACAAAUGAAAAAUCUGAAAAUUAGAAACCACUAGAAGCCGGACAGUCAGCUGUUUGUUUGCUGGAAGCUUAAUUUACAUUUAAAGUUAGAAUAAGAGGAUUUAUUCUAGCUACUUAUUUCCAGAAUGUUUUUUUCAGACAGACCAAAUGUAAACUAUUGAGAGUGCCAAAUAUCACAAAUUAUUGCAGCAGUUAUAAAAUACUUUCCAGUUUGAAAUUCUUUUUUAGACCUGGCGUGAAUGUUGCAGCAAAACAAUUCCUUUAGUUUAGCCAGUACUGACAUUUUUGUUGCAGACAGCAAUGAUGAACUGUAUCAGGAGAAGGGGAAAUACAAAUGGGAAAAUGAACAAACUUACAACUAGUUUGUAUGGUUAGAGGUUGAGAAUAGCUUUUUUUUAACCUGUUUCCCUCUUGUUUUCCCUAGCUAGCAGUCCCAAAAUGGAACAUUAGUGUUUAGAUACAUAUCUUUUUUCCCAUUUUUUAGUAUUCUGCCUUUUUAAAUGGAAAAUGAUACACUUUUCUUACCCAGUGUGUAGAGCACUACAUUCCAGUACAUCUGAGUAACUCCCUAUGUGUUACAUACUUCAAAAUCCAUCUCUGAAAUGUCUGAAAAUUCCAGCAUCGCACAAGAACUCUCCAGAAGAUCAGUUUAAAUAUCAGUAAUGAAAUCUGAGGAAGGGAGAGGGGUUAAAUACUUGUAAAUCAUGAGCAUUUAAAAUAACACAUUGGUCAGAAUUAGAUUGCAAUAAAAAUGGAGUAUCAGAAAAAAAUCAGCUCAUGGCAAAGUGGUAGAACUGACAUUUUUGAUUCAAAGAACUAUGAUAAAUCUUUGGAGAUGUUGCUGCCUUACUUCCUAACAAUCACUUCUUUUCACCUACUGAGUCUUCAAUUUCUUUAACUAGAUAAGUUGAUGUGAUUGGACCUUAUGUCUUAUGCGAUCAGUGAAGCCUUACAUCCAGUGUGACUGAAAAAUUCACCAUAAUAGACCGUUUUGUACAACUCUCUAAUGUCUUUAAGCAGAGACUCCUGGAAUUCCCCACUGCAUUUCUAAAAUUGACAGAACUGUGCUGAUCAUCCUUUUUUUUAUGCAGGUUCCUGUCAAAACUUUUUGUUGUUGUUGUUUUGCUUUUUUUCCCACAAAAAAUGAGGAUCAUUGACUUU